AUGGAGCCCCACGACAUUGCUGCGGCCUGGUUGCAUGGCUUUGCUCUAGCAGCAUUCCGGGGUGAUGUCGCUGCGACUGUCGACACUAUUCUCCCCGAUGGUUUCCUGCGCGACUGGCUAGUGUUCACUUGGGAUAUUCGCUCCCUGGAAGGCCAUGCCAGUAUCUCGGCAUAUCUGGUGCCCACGCUGGUCUCGACGCACCUAUAUAACUUCAAGCUAGACGACAGAGCAGGAGCGGCGCCCGAGACUGUUCUUGACGUCGGCGUCGGUGCAGGAUUCACGUUUGAAAUGCCGCACCGUCGUGGACGUGGAUACGUGCGGUUAUUUCCAAGUACAUGCGACAUUACAAAAGAGUGGAAGGCCAUGUCUUUGUUUUUGAUGGUCGAAGACAUCAAGGGUCAUGAGGAGCUUGGGCCCGAGCUCGGAGUCUAUGGCGGGCAUACGCUCUCUUGGGCUGAGCCAGUCGGCGCUGGCCAAAACGGCCUGAACAUUGCCGCGCGCUUCAAGCAGUGGAGUAUUCCGACGCUGGUUGUGGAGAAGAAUCACCGUGUCGGAGACAACUGGCUCCUAUAUCAACCCUUCCCUGAGAAUUGGCCCACAUUCUCACCCCGAGACAAGCUCGCGGAUUGGAUGGACCAAUAUGCUGUUUCACAGGAUUUGGUGGUGUGGACAGACUCUGAGAUCAAGCCGACGGGUUACGGGGAUCUGCGCGACCGUCUGAGGCCAAUCUUCGGCAUUGAUGUCAUAGAACAAGCAGGGCUGGUCUGGGGAAUGGACGAGGAAGGAGAGACGCGGGGAAGCUACCGCCCGACUGGACACCCAGGACUGUGGUACGGGGCCGAUCAAGGCUCGACAAAUCGGGGUUCUUUCGACUUGAAGUUCGCAGCGCCGAGAUAG